AUGUACCGACAGGUGCUCGUAAAACCGGAAGAUAGAAAAUUUCAACGAAUUUUUUGGUACCAUCAACGACAGAUUGCAGUCUACGAAUUAAACACAGUAACGUUUGGGGUAGCCUCUGCACCUUAUUUAGCUAUCCGCUUCAUUCAUCAACUUGCGAACGACGAAGAGACCAAGUUUCCACGCGCCUCACAAAUCUUGAAACGAGAUUUAUACGUCGACGACUUGCUUACGGGGGCCAAUUCUUUGGACGAGAUUCGCCAAAUACGUGACGAAAUUAUAGAGUUAUUACGCCGCGGAGGAUUCAACAUUAGACAGUGGGCUUCUAAUCAUCAACACGCGCUUGAUUCUCUCGAUGAAAAAUUUUUCAAAUUCGAUGCAUCAGAAGGAGAAACGAUUUCAAAAACGCUUGGGGUCAUUUGGAAUGCAAAGACCGAUGAAUUUGUGUACACAGUUAAAGACAUCGACACAUCAAACAGAAUCACAAAACGUGUCAUUCUUUCCGAGAUCGCAAAGAUUUUCGAUCUGCCCGGGUUCUUAGGACCGGUAAUUUUGUACGCGAAAGGGAUAAUGCAGGAUUGCUGGAAGGUGAAAUGCGAAUGGGACGAAUCAGUUCCGCAGGAACUACAUUCGCGUUGGUUAGAAUUCGCUUCGCAGUUAGGAUUGAUUCGCGAUUUUACUAUUCAACGUAGACUCUUGAUAGACGACCCGGUACAGAUCGAUCUUCAUGGGUUCUGUGACGCGAGUCAGCGAGGAUUCGGCGCGUGUAUAUAUGUACGGUCGGUGAACAGGAACGGAUGCGUAACAGUCAGACUUGCGUGUGCCAAGUCGCGUGUAGCUCCUCUUAAGAUUAAAACUAUUCCCCAACUUGAACUUUGUGGCGCGUUGAUAUUGGCCGAGCUGUUGCAUGAAGUGCAACCGGCUUUUAAUUUCUCAGCAGACAAAAUUAUUCUUUGGUCAGAUUCAACUAUUGUGCUUCACUGGUUGCAGAAACCGCCAAAUAUUCUCAAGGUUUUUGAAGGUAACAGAGUCAUGAAAAUUCAGUCGCUCAGCGCGGGGAGUGAAUGGCGACAUGUUCGAACCAACGAUAACCCAGCCGACGCUCUUUCUCGUGGGCAAUUGCCAGUCGAUUUUCUUGGCAAUAGAUCGUGGUUAGAGGGCCCUAUAUGGCUGACGAACUCUGAGGCUAUGUGGCCCGUCGAUAAGAUGGAACUACUGAAAUCUUUGCCAGGGCUGAGAGCCGUUGUAAGUCUUGCUAGCGGUACGAGAAACGACAUAUUCAGUCGAUUUUCCUCAUAUACGACGUUGUUGAAGGUCAUCGCAUUUUGUUUGCGUUUCAGACCAACUAAUAAAUACAAAUGCCGAGCUAUCGGAGUACAAGAAAAACGCGAAACUGAGCGCAUCGUUCUAAAAAUCAUUCAAGGAGAGCAAUUCUCAAGUGAAAUUUCUCUUCUUUCUCAAGCUAAGCCUGCAAAAACUCAGCGAAUUGCAGCAUUCGACCCUUUUCUCGACGAACACGGACUCUUACGCGUGGGAGGCCGCUUAAAAAACGCAACCAUCGCUUUCGAUCAAAAACACCCCCUCUCAUUACCUUCUCGUCACCAUGUGACCGACUUAAUAAUUCGAGAAACACAUCUGCGAAAUUUUCAUGCAGGUUGCCUUUCGACAUUGUCAGCUAUACGACAACGCUUUUGGAUAUUCGAUGCUAGGAAUCAAGUUCGUAAAAUCGUACGUGAUUGUGUGGAAUGCGUACGACAUCGACCUACUAUGUUACACAGCAAGAUGAGCGAUUUACCUUCGAGUCGGGUUAACGAAAGUGCGGCAUUUUCUCACGUAGGAGUAGAUUUCUUUGGGCCGAUUUUCAUUAAGGAAAAGAAGUUUCGGAACCGGAAUAAGGUAAAGGCGUACGGAUGCGUGUUCGUGUGCAUGUUUUCAAAGGUCGCACAUGUCGAAAUCGUAAGUGACCUAACCACCGAGGGAUUUUUAGGAGCUUUUAAACGUUUUAUAUCGCGACGCGGUAUUCCUUCACACGUCUUUUCAGACAACGGUACAAAUUUUGUCGGAGCUAAUAGUCAGCUAAUCGAGAUGUAUGCGCUUUUGAAUUCAGAGUCAUUCCGCUCCGAUAUCGAUACUUUCGCAGUAAAUAAAAAUAUCAAUUGGCACUUCAAUCCACCGCUUUCACCGCAUUUCGGAGGCUUGUGGGAAGCAUGUGUCAAAUCAUUCAAACACCAUUUUAAACGUGUUGUAGGAGAUCAAUUGCUAACGUUUGAACAAAUGAAUACUUUCGCAAUAGAAAUUGAGGCGAUUUUAAACUCUCGUCCACUGUAUUCUAUCUCUACCGAUCCUAAUGAUUUAACAGCUAUCACUCCGGACCAUUUGUUGAUAGGAAGACCAUUGAAUUUUUUACCGGAUGAUGACUUAUUAUCUAUUCCAGGCAAUCGUCUAUCUACAUGGCGUUUCAUAACUCGAGCACGCCAAGACUUUUGGAAGAGAUGGCACCUUGAAUAUCUGAACGAGUUACAGAAACGCCAGCGUUGGCUUAAUUCAAAUCACAAGAUCGAAAUCAAUUCGAUUGUUCUUCUCAUCGACAAAAAUCAACCUUGUAGACAUUGGCGUUUGGGUGUCGUUACCGAAGUCCAUACAGGCAGCGAUGGAAUUGUGAGAGUGGUCACAGUAAAAACGACUCACGGUGUUUACAAACGGAACGUCACGCAGCUGUGCAGAUUACCUGUUGCUACAAACAAUUGCGAUUAG